AUGGAUGAAAUUCAAUCCAAUUCAAAUUUUCGAAAUUGGUUUGUGGAAAAUGUAAAAAUUGUAUCAAUUUGCACAUUAUUAUCUUGUCCUGAUAUUGAAGCUUUGAAUAUUUUGUCCUCGCAAAUUGCCAAUUUUAAAAUUUUUAUGGCACCGUUCUCAGAAAAGGCUAAAAUACGGAUUUAUUAUGGUUCAAUUAUUAACAUGUUUAUUGAAGAUAUUCCACAGUUUAUUAUUCAA